AUGUCUGGUCUUCGCCCCUUCUCUAUCCUCUCCACCCGCGUCUACAUCCGUCGUUUCCUCCUCGGUGAGGUCGACAACUAUGUGGCCAUCCGUAACGACCCCUACAUCCUGCAAUACCUUCCAUGGUGGUCGGCUCUAAGUUCGAGCGACGCAUGGACACAGAUGACCCGACAGGCCGUAGUCAACCCGGGAACGCUCGGGGUCGAAGCACACAUGGCGGUAGUCGACCGACAGACGAACGCUCUGAUUGGGAUUUGCUUCAUCAAAGUGGACCCUACUGGACAACAAGCCGAACUCGGAGUAAUGAUUACUCCAUCCUGGCAAGGUCGUUCAUACGAGCAAGAGACCAUUCGUGCGCUUGCCAACUGGGCGCGAACCGCUCCCGAUGCGCCACGAGUCCAAAGACUCACGAUCACAGUAGAUGCCCGUAACACGGCCGCUUUAAGCGCAUUUGGUGCCUCUGGCUUUUCAAUGGUUUCUCAGGGAUUGUGGGCGGGACGAUUUCCCUAUUACAUUGUGGCGAUGUGA